AUGGCGUCGCGCGCGCGUCGCGCGCCCGUGGGCCCGUACGGGGACGUCCCAGCGCCCGCGGGCUACGUCCCGGGCCUCGGACGCGGCGCCGCGGGGUUCACCACGCGCGGAGACAUCGGACCAGGGUCGGAGGGGGUGAUUCGGGAGGGUGACGGACGCGAAGACGACGGACGGGGGACGAACGGCGCGGACGACGGGUUGUUCGGACGAGACGCGUCGACGUACGACGACGACGACGCGGAGGCGGAUGAGGUGUGGGCCGCGAUCGAACACCGCAUGGACUCGCGAAGGAAGGAGGCGAGAGAGGCGAAGGAGAGGGAACAGAUUGUGCAGUUUCGAGAGGAGAAUCCAAACGUGGCGGAGACGUUUCGGGAGCUGAAGAGAGGAUUAAAGGAUGUUUCCUACGCCGAGUGGGACGCGAUUCCGGACAUUGGAGAUUACACCAUCAAGAAAAAGAAGUUGAACGCUGGAUUCGCGCCGCCGCCGGACACGUUGCUCGCCAAGGCGUUGGCAGAGAAGGAGACGGUGAACGCGGCGGCGGACGACGGCGAGCAAGACUUGACAGCCGUCGGCGAGGGUAGAGGCACCGUUCUCGGGUUAAAACUCGAUCGACUCUCCGAUUCAGUGACCGGACAGACGACGAUCGAUCCGAAGGGCUACCUCACGUCUCUCGGCUCGCAAAAGAUUACGAGCGCGGCGGAGAUUUCAGACAUUAAAAAAGCACGUCUGUUGCUCAAGAGCGUGAUAAACACAAACCCGAAGCACGCCCCGGGAUGGAUUGCCGCCGCGCGUUUGGAGGAGCUCGCGGGGAAAUUACAACAGGCGCGAACGUUCGCGCAAAAGGGGUGCGACGAGUGUCCAAAGAACGAGGACGUCUGGCUCGAGGCUGCUCGACUGAACACGCCGGAGAACGCAAAGGCCAUUUUGGCGCGAGGCGUGCAGUCGUUGCCGAACUCGGUGACGAUUUGGAUCGCCGCCGCGCAGCUGGAGGUCGAAGACGAGCGCAAGCGUCGCGUGUUGCGUCGGGCGCUGGAAAACGUUCCGAAUUCAGUGCGUCUCUGGAAGGCGCUCGUGGACCUCAGCGCGGAGGACGACGCGAGAGUUCUCCUCGCGCGCGCGACGGAGUGCUGCCCACAACACGUCGAGCUCUGGCUCGCUCUCGCGCGAUUAGAGACGGCGGAGAACGCGCGCAAGGUUUUGAACAAGGCGCGAGAGACAUUACCCAGGGAGCCACAGAUUUGGAUCACCGCGGCGAAGCUCGAGGAAGCGAAUGGCAAUGGAAAAAUGGUGGAGAAAAUCAUCGCUCGCGCCGUCAAGUCGCUCAAGUCGCAUGGGGUGACGAUCCAUCGCGAGAGCUGGAUCAGAGAGGCCGAGGUCGCCGAGAACUCGGAUCCGCCGUCCGUCGCGACGUGCCGAGCGAUCGUCAAGGCGACGAUCGGCGAGGGCGUGGAGGAGGAGGACAAGAAGCGUACGUGGAAGGCGGACGCCGAGGAAUGCAUGAAGCGCGAGAGCGCGGAGACUGCGAGGGCGAUUUACGCACACGCGUUGGAUUCGGGGUUCUCGCACAAGAAGGGCCUCUGGAUGAAGGCGGCGAUGCUAGAAAAGAGGUUCGGCACUCCGGAUUCCGUCGACGAGGUUUUGCGCAAGGCGGUGACAUUCUGCCCGAACGCCGAAAUUUUGUGGCUCAUGAACGCCAAGGAACGCUGGCUCAGCGGCGACGUUCCUCGAGCGCGCGAAAUUUUACAGGCUGCGUUCGAUGCCAAUCCUGACUCGGAAGAAAUCUGGCUCGCCGCGUUUAAGCUGGAGUUUGAGAAUGGCGAAAGCGCUCGAGCGCGCAUCCUCCUCGCGAAGGCGCGAGAGCGCCUGACAGACUCGGAGCGAGUUUGGAUGAAAUCCGCGCUCGUUGAGCACGAGGCUGGAGACGCAAAGGCCGAGCGUGCCCUCUUAAACGAGGGCAUCGAGAUGUUUCCCACGUUCUGGAAGCUCUGGAUCAUGCUCGGCCAACUCGAGGAGCGAGAAGGGCGCGCCGAAGAGGCGGAACAGGCGUACGAAAAGGGGACGAAGAAGUGUCCGAGCGCGAUCGCGCUGUGGAUCUCCCUUUCAGAAUUCGAAUUGCGCGUCCAGGGCAACGCAUCAAAGGCGAGAAUCAUCCUCGAGACGGCUCGCACGAAGAAUCCGGCGAAUGAGCGCCUCUGGCUCGCCGCCGUGCGUCAGGAGCGCGAGAGCGGCAACGUACAAAUCGCCGAGAGUUACCUCGCGCGGGCGAUCCAGGAGUGUCCAACGAGUGGAUUACUCUUGGCCGAGUCCGUUCGCAUGGCGCCUCGUCCGCAGCGCAAAUCGAAAUCCGUCGAUGCUUUGAAGAGAUGCGACAACGAUCCGUACGUCAUCGCCGCCGUCGCGAUUUUGUUCUGGAGCGACCGCAAGCUGGACAAGGCGCGAAGCUGGUGGAACCGCGCGGUGACGAUCGCUCCGGAUAUCGGCGACCACUGGGCGAGCUAUUACAAGUUUGAGCUCCAAACUGCCGGCGAUGCUGAAGCCGCAAAGGUUGCCGAGCGUUGCGCCAAGGCGGAUCCCAGACACGGCGAAAACUGGCAACGCGUGAGGAAACGCGUCGAAAACUGGCACAUCGGCGUCAUCGACGUCUUGAAAAAGACCGCGAGCGAGCAGGACGAGAUGGCGUUCGCGUCCAAGUGA